AUGUCCAAUUCCAACGUCGUCGCUUCGCCCUGUCCAACGUCCAAACCGUUGUGGGCUGCCAUAUUGGCGCUUAGCAUUGGCGCCUCAUUGGCGAUCCAACUGAACGCAGCCAACACCGUCAACCUGGAUGCUGCCACACUCGCGGAGAAGGACGCGCAGAAGAAGCGUGAAGCAGCCAUCAACGAGGAUUCCCCCAUGCGGCUCCAGAUGGAAAAGUUCAUCAAGGAUCAGCAAAAGAGCAUUGUCAAGGAGCUUGAAAAGGUGGACGGCAAGAAAUUCCGCAAGGAUGAAUGGGAACGCAAGAAUGGGGGCGGGGGCAUAACGUGUGUGCUUCAGGACGGCAAUGUGUUCGAGAAGGCAGGUGUCAACAUCAGCGUGGUGUAUGGGACGCUCCCUAAGCCCGCCAUCCAGAAAAUGCGUGCAAACCACAAGAGGCUGGACCCGAGCGUGGAAUCCCUCGACUUCUUUGCGGCUGGCCUCAGCAUGGUGUUGCACCCGAAAAACCCAAUGGCCCCAACGGUGCACCUCAAUUACCGAUACUUCGAGACGGCCAACCCGGACGGCUCCUCCCAGGCCUGGUGGUUUGGCGGCGGAAGCGAUCUCACGCCGUCGUACCUGUUUGACGAGGAUGCCAUUCACUUCCACAAGACACUGAAGCAAGCCUGCGACUCGCAUGACAAGACGUACUAUCCUCGUUUCAAGAAAUGGUGCGACGAGUAUUUCUACAACAAGCACCGAGGCGAAUGCCGCGGCGUCGGUGGCAUCUUCUUUGACGACCUGGACGAGACCGAGCGCGACCAGGAAAACACCUUUGCCUUCAUACAGGACUGUCUCAAGUCUUUUAUCCCUUCCUACCUCCCCAUCCUGGAGAAGCGCAAGGACAUGCCCUUUACGGAGCAAGAAAAGGACUGGCAGCAACUCAGACGAGGCAAAUACGUCGAGUUCAACCUGGUGCACGAUCGAGGUACUGCCUUUGGACUCAACACGCCGGGAUCUCGUGUGGAAAGCAUUCUUGUCAGCUUACCCCUGACGGCAACUUGGAAGUACAUGCAUGAACCGGAGCCCAAAAGCAGGGAGGAACGGCUGGUAGACGUACUGAGAGACCCCAAAGACUGGGUAUGA